CUACAUUCUCCUGUCUGCACAUUCUUUUCUUCUCCCUCUCUCUCUCUCUCUCUCUCACAGAGCUCUGAGGUCGGGUCAGGUUGGGUGGGAGCUUGGCUGUGCUCUGCUGUUGAGCUCUCCUCGGGGUUGGUGGAUCGCAUUCCGAGCCGACGAAAUGCAGGAGACGAGAACGGUCCAAGUGAGGCAGCUUUCAGAUCUAGCUACUGAGAGGGAGAUUCACGAGUUCUUCUCCUUCUCCGGCGAGAUUGAACACGUCGAGAUCCUAAGUGAAGCUGGGGAGCUGCGGACUGCAUUUGUCACUUUUAAAGACCCGAAAGCUCUGGAAAUUGCACUGUUGUUAUCGGGUGCAACAAUAGUUGAUCACAUUGUGACUAUAACUCCAGCAGAAAACUAUGAGCCAAAUCAUGAGAUGCAAGAAGUCAGGAUGGUAGAAAGUGCCCUAUCAAUUACUCCAGCAGAAAACCUUGGAACAAAUGUCGAGGUAGCUGAAGAUGCCAGUGUUAAAAGCCGCUCACCUGGCAGUGGUAGAUUGUACGUAAAUCGUGCCCAAGAUGUUGUUGUUAGUGUAUUGGCGAAAGGCUCUGCUAUUAGGCAGGAUGCAGUGAACAAGGCCAAGGCAUUUGAUGAGAAGCAUAGAUUGACUGCUACUGCAUCAGCCAAGGUUAUCUCAUUUGACCGGAGAGUUGGGCUUACUGAGAAAUUGACUGUCGGCAUAUCUGUGGUUAAUGAAAAAGUGAAGUCUGUUGAUCAAAGACUACAUGUGUCAGACAAGACGAUGGCAGCAAUAUUCGCAGCGGAGAGGAAGAUAAAUGACACAGGUUCUGCUGUAAAAACAAGCAGGUAUGUGACUGCAGGCACUGCUUGGUUAAACGGUGCUUUCAGUAAAGUGUCGAAGGCCGGCCAAGCUGCAAGAACAACAACUCGGGAAAAGUUCCAUCUCGCUGUUUCGAAUUUGACCGCAAAGGAUGCACCAAUUGCUGCGUAAACGCUGAAACCACCCUGUCAAGAUCUUCGGCAAAGAAGUUGCUUGGUCAGCACAUUCUUCGGCUUACCAAUAUGAAGAUAUGUAAAUGGGAUCUGGAGCUACCAUGCUCAGGUUUUAGGGUUGUUCUGUAUUCCCAUUUCAGUUUGAUGGACUGAUUAGUUGUGCAAUUAGGGUCGAUUUUAUUUUACCCAUUUUGUAUUCUUUCGUCUGCGGGGUCUGGAUCUCGCGACUCGCAAGGUUUUCCUCUUGUAAUAGUUGCAACUUCAAGAUCUUUCAAUGAGUGAAAAAGAAGAAAACCCAUGAUGAUUUUUGCCUCUUUGUAUGUCGACUGCUUUCGUGUAAUGACUAUCAUCUCAUAUAAUUAUGACCCCGGAAAGUUAGGAUGA